ACGUGCCUCUUAAGAGGUGCUCUCUGCGCUGCUCCACACACCACUCUUUCCUUUCCUUCAGCCCGGUCGACAUGUCGGACAUAUUCUUUGACAUCACCGUCGACGGCAAGCCGCUCGGCCGCAUCACCUUCAAGCUCUACGACGACGUGGUCCCCAAGACCGCGAAGAACUUCCGCGAGCUCACGACCGGCCAGCACGGCUUUGGCUACAAGGGCUCGUCCUUCCACCGCAUCAUCCCCAACUUCAUGCUCCAGGGUGGCGACUUCACCCGCGGUAAUGGCACCGGUGGCAAGUCCAUCUACGGCGAGAAGUUCGAGGAUGAGAACUUCAAGCUCAAGCACUCGAAGCCCGGCCUUCUGUCGAUGGCGAACGCCGGCAAGAACACGAACGGCUCGCAGUUCUUCAUCACCACGGUCGUGACGUCUUGGCUCGAUGGCGCCCACGUCGUCUUCGGCGAGGUCGUCGAGGGCCUCGACAUCGUGAGGAAGAUCGAGUCGCUCGGCUCCGCCUCUGGCACGCCCAAGGCGAAGAUCACCAUCGCCGACAGCGGUGUCUUGUAAGCACGCCCCCGACGGCGUGUGGGGGUGAAGAAGAGCAAAGAAGAUAACAUAUUGUGUAUAUCAUUGAGGGUGUGGUGCUUGUGCCUCGCCUUUGUGUUACAAUAGAACUGUUUGAGGAGUUGGUGUGUGUUGUGUCACCCGAACGUUUGAAGCAUCCCAUGAUGGAGUACCCAUCGAA